CUCGCACAGAAUUCGAUCAGUCUUGUUAAGUCGAAGGAGCCAUUAAGUGCUAAUAUAGCGGAAAUAAUACGCAUUGAAAUUUUUCAUAAUAUUUCGGUAGUGCUACGCUGAAGAUUAAUUACUUUGGAAAAAUGCCUUCGGGAGAGAAAAAUGGUGAAACACCUGUUAAAAGCAGCACCACAACGACUGUACAAAAGGCUGUUGCCAACGACAGUGCAAAUGGCAAACUCGAUAACAGUAAUAAACAUAUAAAAGCCAAAUAUGUAAUUAAAAAUAGCGGUACAGUGCUAUUACCUAAUCACGACAUACCAACGCCAACAAAAUUCAAUUCCACAGAUGUUGUGCUUGAUCCAUUCUGUGAUCCCGAGAAACCACAGAAAAUAUCCUUUCGUGAUGUAACUUCAGCGGCUUUUCUCAUUAAGGAUGGCGUUGCGAGAACACCAUGUCCGCGCUCCACCUCAUCAGACUCUUAUGGCAUGGAUUUGUAUUUGAAGAAGGACUUUCUACAAGUAACUGGCAGUUUCAAAGAACGUGGUGCGCGUUACGCGCUUCUCAGCCUCUCCGAACAACAAAAGAAGACUGGUGUCAUUUCCGCCUCGCUAGGAAACCAUGCACAGGCCUUGAGUUACCAUGGUUGGAAACUAAAUAUACCCGUCACCGUCGUGAUGCCCAAAGCGGCGCCCAUAAUGAAGAUACAGAAAUGUCGCAAUUACAAGGCGACCGUAAUUGUGGACGGUAAUGAUAUGGGUGAAGCUAAAGUGAUCGCCAUGCAAAUGGCGCAAGAGAAGGGACUACUCUACAUCAAUGGCUACGAUCAUCCACACAUAAUGGCUGGCCAAGGCACAAUCGGUUUAGAAAUUUUGGAGCAAGUGCCCAAUCCAGAUGCUGUGAUUAUACCUGUCGGUGGUGGUGGUCUCAUAGCCGGCAUUGCGACAGCUAUUAAAGCUAUAUCUCCAAACACCACAGUUAUUGGCGUUGAGUCUGAGAAGUGUCCCAGCUUUUCGCAAGCCAUAGAAAAUAAUGGACCCGUACACACACCCAUCAACAACACGUUGGCUGAUGGCUUGGCGGUGCCCAAAGUCGGCUAUAAUGCCUAUGUAACGGCAUUGCCACUCAUCGAUAAGAUGGUCGUGGUGAAGGAGGAAUGGAUUGCAUUGGCAAUUCUACGUUUGGUAGAGGAGGAGAAGUGUGUGGUGGAAGGCGCUGGCGCUUCAGGCUUGGCGGCCGUACUGGCUGGACAACUUAAUGAGCUGAAGGGCAAAAAGGUUGUGAUUCUCUUGUGUGGCGGUAAUAUAGACACAACUGUAUUUGGUCGCUGUUUGGAGCGUGGUCUAGCCGCCGAAGGUCGUCUAGUGAAGUUUCAAGUUGAAGUUAGUGAUCGUCCUGGUGGUAUACACGAACUCUGCAAACUACUCUCACAUUUGGGUGUCUCCAUCAAGGACAUAAUGCACGAGCGCGCUUGGCUCAGAGAUAUCUACACAGUGGCGGUUAAGGUCGUCUGUGAGACUCGUGACUGGUCUCAUAGUAUGGAAUUGCGAAAUGAGUUGAAGCGAAACUACACAAAUGUUGAGUUCUGUGAGGAACCUUUGGCCAUACAUUACAAUGCAUCUUCCUAAGGAGUUUACUUAAAUUAUACACUUAUUAAAAUACUUUAUCUAUUAUUUAUAAAUAAUGCUUGGGACUUCGAAGCUUCUUAUAUAUUAUUUUUCAAAAUAUUUUUAUAAAAUAACAUUGUAAAUAAAUUCAAAAAUGUCGGGGAUGAUAAAUCUCAAAAUAAUAAAAUCUAAUCUGUAAUUUUUCUCAA